GCAGGCGCGGCGGGCGGGUCUCCCGGGCUACCGCCGCCGCCGCGGCCCGCUGGUCCGCCCGCUGGUCCGCCGCCCUGCGCCAUGGCGGGCUGCGUGGCGCGGGCUCCGCCGGGCCCCGAGGCGCGCCUCAGCCUCGCCACCUUCCUGCUGGGCGCGUCGGUGCUCGCGCUGCCGCUGCUCACGCGCGCCGGCCUGCAGGGCCGCACCGGGCUGGCGCUCUACGUGGCCGGGCUCAACGCGCUGCUGCUGCUGCUCUACCGGCCGCCGCGCUACCAGAUAGCCAUCCGAGCCUGUUUCCUUGGCUUUGUGUUUGGCUGUGGAGUGCUGCUAAGUUUUAGCCAGUCUUCUUGGAAUCACUUUGGCUGGUAUAUGUGCUCCCUGUCACUGUUCCACUAUUCUGAAUACUUAGUCACGGCAGUCAAUAAUCCCAAGAGUCUGUCCUUGGAUUCCUUUCUCCUGAAUCACAGUGUGGAGUAUACAGUAGCGGCUCUUUCUUCUUGGAUAGAGUUCACACUUGAAAAUAUCUUCUGGCCAGAGCUGAAGCAGAUCACCUGGCUCAGCGCCACGGGGCUGCUGAUGGUGGUCUUCGGAGAGUGUCUGAGGAAAGCGGCGAUGUUUACAGCGGGCUCCAAUUUCAACCACGUGGUGCAGAAUGAAAAGUCAGAAACCCACACUCUGGUGACAAGCGGAGUAUAUGCUUGGUUCCGGCAUCCUUCUUACGUUGGGUGGUUUUACUGGAGUAUCGGAACCCAGGUGAUGCUGUGUAACCCCAUCUGUGGCGUGAGCUAUGCUCUGACAGUGUGGCGAUUCUUCCGCGACCGAACAGAGGAGGAGGAAAUCUCACUGAUUCACUUCUUCGGAGAGGAGUACCUGGAGUAUAAGAAGCGGGUGCCCACGGGCCUGCCUUUCAUAAAGGGGGUCAAGGUGGAGCUAUGACAGGCCCGGGGUGGGCCGGGCCGGGGGGCCUCCCGCUCCGUGCAGCCCGGGAUGGAACUGCCUCCUGUCGGCCACUCUUCAGAAUGGAUUUUCUUAAUCAUUUUCUAUGUCACCAAUUACUCUUGUGGAAUAUCACUCAAGAUCAAUGGUCAGAAGGCCUUAGGACCAAAGGAUACCCCACCCCCACCCCCCACCGCCCCGGAGCAGCCUGUUCUUGGGCGGAAUCAAGGUAGGACGUAGAUUAAAGGUGGACAAGACGCAAAAACAGCCAUACUCGCAGCAGUGACUCCCAGACGUGCCCAGGGAGAGCCUAGGCCACACUGCAUCCCCCACGAGGCCAUGGGUGUUAAGCUGUACCCGAGACCCCUGGGGGGAGGUGGGCUCACUCCUGACCUGGAGUGAGGCUCCCGCAACAGGAAGGGUGCGUGGGCAGCAGUGCUUAGUAGCGUUAGAAACACAUUCAGGAUCCUUACUUUAACCGAAAAACACAAACAGCACAGCUUUAACCUCCUUAUUUCUGUCCUUAAGUGCAUGAGCAUUUAUACAAUUUUAAAGACGCUUCCUUAUAAGGCACUCUGACUCUUCAUGUAUUUUGUCAUAUUUACUUCCCUAUUUUUUAAAAUUAGCAGUAUGAACUCAAGGGGGGCUCACUUGGUGUGUGAGCCCCACCUUUUAUUUGUCAGAAAGGCAGCGUGGUUACCCCCAGAUGACUCGGCUAAGGCUUUGUGUUACCAGGGUUCCCCAGGCCAGGGAAACUGUGGGCCCCUGUGACUUUCCUGGGGUCCUGUCUCCUCCUAAAAGGGGGCUGUUACCAGUGACAGGUGUGUCAAAGAUGUGUCAUUUCUCCUUUAUCCAAGAAAUGCUUCCUGGACACCUGCUGUGUGCAAGGCAUUGUUAAACAGUGAGAAAUACUGCUCUCCGUUUACUUGGGGUUUAUUCUGAUUUUACCAUAGCUUAUAUUUUUGUGUUUUGACUUAAAUCUAUUAACCAUUAAUUUCUGUGUUCUGUUCUCAAAAUUCCAUCAUCCCUAAUGCCGUUUCAAAACUGUCUUUUCCAGAGGGGUUUGAGCAUAAACAACUAUGAAAUUCAAGCAAGUCGACUCAUGGAAAAAAUAGAGCAAAUAAUCCCAGCUGAGACUUAGUCAGUACUUCUGUUUUCUAAGUUUGGGGAGAGUGGUUGGCUUUACGAGUGAAACGUGUAAGCUUUGAGACCCUUGUUGAAUUCUGGACUAGAGAGGAACUGCAUCUCAGUGUGAGUUCCUUCCAUGCAGCCCUGCGGGGCACCAACAGAGCAUGAAUCGGAGGUGGCAUCGGUCCCUGGCUGGAGCGCUGCCACACCAUGCCACGCCACGUGGCUUCUGAGGAGCCACUAAACCUUUCCGUGCCUAGACCUCCCCAUCUGUAGAAUGGGGUCAAUACCAUCUACCUCACAGGGGUCUUGUGAAGACUUAGAAGAACAAUGUUAAAUGUUUUUAAUACUUUGGUAACAAAGAUGACAUGAACAAAACCGAUACUGCAUGGGUUACACAAAAAUGGACCUUUGAUUCACUGUACCGGAUACCAGAAGUGUGUGUUCAAAAAAGCAUUUUACCAACUCAAAAUAUUACUUAUUUCUAGAUAUCAUGGCCUAAUUCGUUUUUUCAUUAUAUAUACCAAAGAAGUUUACGGGUCUGUCGGUGACAGGCAUGACACUUGCUAGUGUGAGGAUUGGACAGACUCCAGCCUCGGCCUCCUGAGGUCUCUCUGGUGGGAACACUGCCUGAUGGGACGUCAGCAUGCACUUACUGUGUUUGGGGACUUGAAUCAGUUCUAAACUAGUUCUCCAGACUGCGCUUAGCGAAGUAAACUCCACUUAGUAGGAUUGCAAAACCGUGGAGGGUGUAUCGGGUUUUGGCAGCCAUCCCCAGCUCUUUGAGAGGAAUUCUGUACCUGCUGCAUCUAGCAGGAGAGGACUCGGCUUUCGUUACCACUGGGGGCCACAAGGUUGUGUCUUUAGUACACAGAGAGCAGCUCAUGACGCCCCUGGCUUUGUGGACGGUGAGACAGAAGGUGUUGGCCUCUGACGGUCUGCCCCUCCUCCGCCUGCCUGCCAGGCCCGGAGCUCAGGAGGCAGGCCCUGGUGUCAGCAGUGAGAUGCUGCUGUCACACCACCUGGGCUUGACAUGACAUUCUCCUCCGCUUUAAAGAGCAAUUCCACGAGCAAGUUCCCACCCUGAAUAGUAACGCAGGGCGGAAGUCGGCAGUUACCUAGGGAUCGAAGGUGAACUGCUUAGGGGCAGGAUUUGGCAAGCGCUUGCCUUUCAUCCAGCACGGAGAUCUUCAGGUUAUUUUUAACUUUAUGAAUUUGGCAGUGACAGCACACAGGGAAGAGAAGCAGGUUAACAAGGCACAGGCUUUUGGGUGCUCCCGAAAGCGUAUUUUGGGUAAAGGCCACAUCGCCAGUUCCCUCAAAUUAAACCGUCAGGAGAUUUCUUUUUCCAUUGCAGGUUUCAAAGCGGAGACUCUGAAAUGGAAAACAGGCACUGCACAGAACAAAGCUCUUCUGAAGCAGCGCAAAAAUGAAACAUUUUGUGAGGAUCUGCAGGCGGGGGCCGCGAGGGGAGGUUUGUGGAGAAGAGGUGGCGGGGCAAGCCUGGCACCCUUUCAUGUCAUGGUGAGCUGCUCUGCAAGCCUAAACAGUAAACUCUGUUCAUCCCUCACACCUCCUAAUCGGGGUGAUUACCAUGACAGGCAGACACCCCUAAACCGAGGGGCCACGAUGUCGGGAGGUUCAGUGGGGUCUCGGCUGCAGUCCCCCCGUGACAGGGACAGGGAGCCGCCAUCCCUUCCCUGUACUCUCGUGCUGCCUUAGGUAGCGGUGCUCUCCCUCUGCGUGUCGCUUCUGCAGUGAGUUGGCGAGGCCAGGCGACCCCGGCCUGUCUGGCGUGGUGGGCGAGGCUUGCUCUCUGCGCCCGGCCAUGGAAGCCUGAUGUCCUGUCCUGGGCUCAGACGACCGGCAACCAGGAGCGGUCCAGGCACUUGCUGCCAAGGGUCUGUCCCAUACCUGAGCUAGGAGAGUAACCUAAUGGAGUAAUUACUCUUCUUUUUACAUGCAGAAAUGUUUAUUUAAAUAUUGGAUAUUCUUUCACAGAUACUGAUUAUUUCCAAUUCUUAAAUAAAACUGUACUUGAUUUCA